AUGCUUGCCUUCAGAACAUUGAGAAGCGGCUUGGGCUUGAAAGGUGCCGCCAGAACGUUGUCUACGUCCUCCUCGGCUCUUACCCCAUACAAGCAGCCAGACUUCUCCAGCUACCUCAACGACAGAAGUGAGCUGAAGAACAAGAACUUUGCCUACUUCAUGGUUGGUUCUAUGGGUUUGUUGUCUGCCGCUGGUGCCAAGUCCACCGUCGAGGCUUUCCUUUCUUCGAUGUCUGCCUCUGCUGAUGUUUUGGCUAUGGCCAAGGUUGAGGUGAAGUUGGGUGCUAUCCCAGAGGGUAACAAUGUCAUUGUCAAGUGGCAAGGUAAGCCAGUGUUUAUCAGACACAGAACUGCUGACGAGAUCUCUGAGGCUGAGGCUAUUGACGUCAAGGCCUUGAGAGACCCAGAGACUGACGACCAGCGUGUGAAAAAGCCUGAGUGGUUGGUGAUGUUGGGUAUCUGUACCCACUUGGGAUGUGUCCCAAUUGGUGAGGCUGGUGACUUCGGUGGUUGGUUCUGUCCAUGCCACGGUUCUCACUACGAUAUCUCUGGUAGAAUCAGAAGAGGUCCUGCUCCUUUGAACUUGGAGAUUCCUCAGUACGAGUUCUCUGACGAGUCCACCUUGGUCAUUGGUUAA